UGUAUGUACUUCGGUUCUGUGUGAUGUGUCUGCACUCUGUAGUCUGUGAAUCAGUGUAUGUCUGUAUGACUGUGAUUGUCAAUUGUGGAUGUGGAAUGUUUUGUGUUGUGAGUGAAUGGUAGUUAAAUUUGUUAAAAUCUUGUCAUGUGGUUAUGUCAGCGCGCUGGACAAGCAUCCUGAUCGGCUAGUGGUCGCGCGCCAACUGUGUGGAAUGGUUCCGGUGUGUUGGUGUACUGUCGAUUAGUGCGGUUGAGGCGAGCUCGACACGAUGGGGAAGCUACUGUCGAAGAUCUUCGGGAACAAGGAGAUGAGGAUAUUGAUGUUGGGGCUUGACGCUGCCGGAAAGACUACAAUUUUAUAUAAAUUAAAAUUAGGUCAGUCGGUAACAACGAUACCCACGGUCGGUUUCAACGUGGAAACCGUUACGUAUAAAAACGUCAAAUUCAACGUGUGGGACGUUGGAGGGCAGGACAAAAUACGACCGCUGUGGAGGCAUUAUUACACAGGUACCCAAGGUCUAAUAUUCGUGGUGGACUGCGCGGACCGCGACCGCAUCGACGAGGCGCGCCAGGAGCUGCACCGCAUCAUCAACGACCGCGAGAUGCGCGACGCCAUCAUACUCAUAUUCGCCAACAAGCAGGACUUGCCAGACGCAAUGAAACCUCAUGAGAUUCAAGAGAAGCUGGGUCUCACACGCAUCCGAGACCGCAACUGGUACGUGCAGCCGUCGUGCGCGACCUCCGGCGACGGGCUGUACGAGGGGCUCACGUGGCUCACCAGCAACCACAAGUUAUGAGCUGCAGAGUAGGCGGCCGCGGCGCCGCCUCUACACAACGGUGAGGAUAUCGAUGCCAUUUAAUUUAAGUAAGCGCCCGCACCGUCUGUACCAAUGUGAGAACCAGUGUCGAACUGUAUCGCGCAAGUGCAGUGAACCUACCACGAACUUAUCAAAUUAUAACAUUAGUUAGUUAAAGUGAACUGUUUGUCACACAAAAAUCAAUUAUUCCAGUAUUUAAACGAUUAGAGCUUUGUUGUAUCGAAAUAUUUGAUUAUUUUUUUAUGUUAUUUAAAUGGUGAUUACGUAGAGUAAAUGAUUUUUUUUUUCUUUAUUUUUUACCACCUUUGUAUAGUAACGGUAGGUAAAGUCUCUAACACUAGUAUACAGAGUGAAUGAAGUGAUUCGAGGGUAUUUUAAUAUUUAUAAAGCAAUAUGAAAGCACGCUAUGUACAGUAGGCUUGUCUAAAUUAUGGUGUAUACAUAGAUGUUACUCGUUGGUGUGGAAUUGACUUAUGUAAGUGAUUAAAGAUAAGAUGAUCAUAUAAUGGCAGUUUUUCACAUUUCGCGAUGGCCUCAUUGUUCAUACUAUGAUUUAUAUAACAUUCGAGUUUACAAGAAUAACCUGUAAGUUUGAGCAUAGUAAGUUACUGACGAUAAUAAUAAUUGCCACUAAUAAAUGUUACUAUAAAACCAUUUUUAUUAUAUUUGAAUGGACAAAAAAACUAAAUUUUGUACAACUUUUCAUUGUAGAUGUCAUAAUACUAUGUUUUCUUUGCCCAUAGGUUUCACUUUUCACACUUCAGAUUAAAUAUAUUGAUCUAUUUCCAUCUAGUAUUUAAUGAAUGCGAAACGUACGUUUCUAAGACAUAUUUGUACAUCGUCAUUUCAUAUUUUGCUGUAUUUAUUAAUGCUCAAAUUUUAAGUUAUUUUCUACAACUGAUUAAUAUGAAGUGUUAGAACAAACAUUUUCAUGCAUUUUGUUCAAAUCUUUAAAAUGUAUUAAAGCUACUUCGCUUAUCCGCUUUCAGCUUUGUGUGGUUAGAAUUUAACGGGACCAGCCCUUUACAAUAAACUGAAGAUACAUUCACUGUACCAACCAUUCCGUUAUCAUAUGAAACCCGUUUAUUUAUUUUUAAUACGAACAAUCAAAUAAUGAUGACAUCACAUUAGCUUAUUCUUUAUAAGUCGCUUAUGGCUGGUCAAUUACGACUAAGAUGUAUGUAAGAAAUUGUAAGAAAUUUAAUUCAAUCUCACCGUAUUUCGCGAAGCUACAGUUCUGUUAUCGUUUCUUUACAGCAGUUGUUAUGUUUAUUUCUAAGGGAAUUCUAUAUUUUUUUAAUACAUGUUUUAUGUUAUGAUGAUUUUUAUAACCGUUCCACAUUUGUAAGCGCUUCACUAGUUCGGACAGCGCAUAGAAGGUGCGUUUUCUCAUAUACUCGUUUUGGACUGUUUAAUUUAAUGUAUAAAAUUGAGAAUAAUUAUGAAUAAUAACAAUGUAAAGUUCAUUGAAACGUAUAUUUGCGUGCUCGUUUAUAGGAAUCAUACAACCUUAUAUGCUUUCUUGCAAUUACAAUGAUUUUUAUGUCCGAUUUUAAUAUUAUUGUAUGUACGAAGAUAUACGUUUUUAUGAACCAGUUGCCGAUAUGUGGCGUCUAAGAAUUCCUAGAUUACAAAUGAUUCUAGACUAUUCGAUUGAAGUGCAAUUAACUUGAUUUAGCAUUCGAGAUGUAAAAUAUUCCAUAAUAUAAUUUAUGUUUUCACUUCAACGAUGUAUCGGUUGUAUGGAGUUACAGUCCGCUGUAUAAAUAUUGUAGGAAGGUUAUUCAAAUAUAAACUCACAC